AUGUGCCGAGCAUCGUACCGUCAGCAUCCGAAAAUGGGUCCGAUGCCGAAGAACCCCGGCAACGCCAACAACAAUUCCUACGCCAACCGUCUCAACGUCUUGAAACAAGCCUUGAAACCGUACCGUGACAACAACGCCAACUGUCUGCGGCUGAUCACCAGGUCGGCCAGGGUGAACCUGAACAAACACUGGAAGAGCCUGGAGAAUCUGUUCACGGCCGGACACGACCGCCGUCCCACAGACGACGUCAAGGAACGCGCCCAGAACGCGGCCAACGAGAUGCUGGAGAACGGCGAGAACGCAAGGCCCGUGGCGGAGGUCGGCUACAACGCGACGGCGGAAGCGGUCGACAAAUUGCGACACUUGCACAUGGAGGACGACCGUUGA